AUGCACGGCAAGUGGACCGACGAGGAGGACUUCGCCAUCGUGGCCCUUCGCCUGGGGACAAACCUGAGCUGGGAGGGCAUCAAAGCCAAGUUCGACGCUGCCUUCCCGCCAGCCAACUGCAAGGACCUCGAGUCCCGUUGGAACAAGACGCUCAGGCCGACACUGUCCCCGGGCCUAAGCAACCGUAUUGCCUGCGCCUUCGACGACUACAGGCACUACCGACCGCGCCACAUCGAAGAUGGCGAACAGAGGAGACUGGUGCUCGGCGUUCUGCGAGCGCUGGCGGACCAUCCAGCCGAACGGAUCGUCCCGCCGCACCCAGAAGAACUCGAGUCGUCUGGAGAAAUCCAGCCAGCGGCCGCUGCCCCAGCCUUGCAGCCAUCGGGCUCGGCUACUCAGCUGUCUGCGCCCCCCCAGCAGCCAUCCGCCCCUGAGCAGCAGCAACAGCAGCCAACCGACCCUGCUCAGGGCACUGGGGCCUCGGGCCAGCAGCAGCAUGGCAGCGGCCCGACCAGCACAACGGCUCCCGACAGCCCGUUGUUCGUUCCACAGGAUGACAACAAUGUCGACGUCGCUGACAGUGCCGACAACACCACCGCCGCCGCCGCCGAUGCCUCUGCCGCCAAUACCACCACCACUACCACCACUGAAGAGGCCGGCGCCAACAGCACUGUCGCCGUCGACACGCAGACGUAUCCGCAGUCCUUGCUGCAGCAGCGUGUCGAGCAGAGCCCGCCUGACCAGCCAAUGCUCGACAUCAACGCUGCCGUUCCGCCGCCGCCGCCAUCGCCAACCCCCCAGCAGCAGCAGCAGACUCCGCAGCAGCCUAGCUCAGACCUGGGCCCGGUCGUUGUUGACCCAAACAUCGACCCCCAGCUCUACGGAUACCAGUGA